AUGCCUGAAGAUCCUAAAGAAAUAUCAGAGUGCCUGAAAGGGUAUGUUCCUCCGCUCGUCCGAGAGCAUGCCCUCGAAUUGGUAAUGUUGAUUGUUGAGGCCAAGGGAAAAGCGACCUUUUCAUCAAACGAGGUCCCACCAUCUCAAAGUAAAACUGCUGCAGGAAAGAUGCAAGAUGUAGAACUGAACAUCAAAAGUAAAAAUGUCAGGUGGGUCUUGGAUUCCUCGGUACCUAAAUACAAUGUAGACACCAUCCGUGCAAAAAAUUCUAUCCUAUUCGGAGAUUCUUUAGACAAGGUUUGGCUCUCAAACACCGGUAACAGUAGUGAUAAAUUUGAUGAUGCUAAUUGUGUUUCCAAUGUCACGACGAACGAGGUGUCACGGAAUAAGGUUGCUGAGAUCCUAUCUAACCUUACAUUCUCAUUACCCGUGCUGCCUAAAGCCAUCAAACUCGCGGUCGAAGCUAACCUCACGCCUGGCUCGGUGGUAGAACAAUAUCCCGAGGAAAUUAUUUAUACUACAGCCGAGGAGCGGACUACCAAGUUGAAAGGGAAACAACGCGAAAUUGUUAAUCUGUCGACGUCCUCCAAAAAGCGCCAAAGGCAUGACGACGACGAGGACACCGAAACACAAACGGAAUCCGUCGAACGCAAAAGAAGUUCGGUCAAGGAAGGAUAUGCGAUAACGCAAGCUGAAUCCUCAGCUAGUACUUCCGUUAGAUAUGUUGAACCCAUUGUAGACGAUGAGAGUAAUCCGGAGAAAAAACAGAAAAAGAGGAAGAAGGAUAAAGUAGUUGAAUUGAACGACGACGAGUCAAGUGUCAUUGUCGAUCACACACAACUGCCAUCCAGUUUGAUGUCCGUAAUAUCAACUAGCGAGUCUUCCGAACUUCGCGUGGAAACGUCAAAAUCCGGGAAUAAACGGGGUUUAAACAAAAGCACAUCAAAAUCGUCAUCAACGACGAUCCAAUUACUGUUGGCUCGGAUAAUCGUUCUUCACAUUUUUCAAUUAGCCCAACUUUCCAACGUAAACGCUGCACUUGCCAGGUCCCGAGGCCAAAAGUUACGAUUGGGAAUAGGAUUAGCAAGACUCGUUUUACGAGUGUUCUAUUGGGUUUCACAUAUUCGGAAACUUUACGACCAUUUGGACUCGCAUAACACCGAUACGAUUGACAAUGUCAAACAGAAAAUUCAAGAUAAAGAAGGCAUUCCUCCGGAUCAGCAACGUCUGAUCUUCGCCGGUAAACAG